UACCUAUUCACUUCUCCUGGAGAAUUGGUAUAAAGUUGAGAAGACAAGUUAACCUGUCUGCAAAAGCUACCCUAAAAUGGAUUUUUUAAAGAAGGUAUUUCUUAUCCUAACCCUGACGACCUUCUUCAUGUGGGUUUCUGAAGGCGAAGACUGCAGGAAAUGCCCAGAAUAUUGGACGGAAAUGGAAGGAUACUGCUACCAGUACUUCGGCGGUAGACAGACGUUCGACGAUGCGAACACCAUCUGCCAGAGAACAGGGGCUCACCUAGUGAGCAUUCGAGACCAGGAGGAAAACGAACUCAUCUACCACCUUUGGAAAGGACUCGUAAAACACCCUACUGAAAAGGAGUCCGCAUACUGGAUUGGUCUGCGUGAUACCCAUCAGGAAUCCGACUUUCAAUGGACAGACAAUACCCCUUACACUUAUUUCAAUUGGGGGCCUGGUCAGCCCGACAACGCCGGCGGUGAGGACUGCGUUGAAGUCCGUAACGACGGUGGCAAUGAUGCCGAGCGAAUGAGGUGGAAUGACAUGCAGUGCCAACACAUCCGGGCCUUUUUCUGCCGCAUGCCACUCCCAUGAGUAUUCAACAUCAAUGAUUGCAAUUAAAUGAUCGAUGUCGGAAUAGAGUAUAAUUUUCAUCCGUGGGGGGGGGGGGUGGUUGCAAUUUUUCUGAAGUGUUGCAGGAAAUUUCUUAACUUGGCAUAAUCUUAUGGACCUAUUUAAAAGCUCUUUGGCGAACAUGGCUAAUAUCGACCUCGAGCUAUUUUUAUGUCACAUUUGAUUUUAUUUGUAAGGCGUGAUAUUCGGGAAAUCAUUUAAAGAACACACUUAACGGUAGUUGGAAAUCAAAUUCCAGGCCUAUGAUGAACGAUCCUUCAAGCCCCAUUCAUGUGUUUAAAGGUCAAGUCCACCCCAGAGAAAUGUUGAUUUGAAUAAAUAGAGAAAAAUCAAACUAGCAUACUGCUGA